UUGAUUGAUGUUAAUCCAAUGGCCAAAACUGUUCUUUUUUUGGUUCUUCUCCUCUCUUGUCAUUGGCUGAUUUUCUAACACAAAGAUUGAUAUUCUUAGCCAUUGAUUGAUGUUAAUCUAAUGGCUAGAAAUCAUUCAUUGAAAACAUUCAUUUGUUUUCUCCUCUCUUCCUUCUACGACAGAUCUAUCAUCUCCAUCUUCUCUUUUGUUUCCAAGUCUUCUUCUUCUUCACUCUCCUCUGUCCAAUUCUCUCAUCCCACUGCCUCCCUCCAGACGAAAAUGGGUGCUUUCAAGGUAAAACUCCUCUUAAUCCUUUCUCUGUCAAAUGUCUCAAUUGUUGCUGUAUUAAGUUUGGUCUUAGUCAAAUCUGACCUUAGCUUUUAUCUUUCCUUCACAGUUUUUUUUUGAAUCCGUACCAGGUUGUUAAAAUAGCUAUCCCAACAGAGAGGGAUGUGCAGCCCAAAAGUCACCGGAUAAUGCUCUGGGCUACGAAAAAAGUUUCACCGGAUUAGAAGAGCUGGUGCCUCCACAGACUCUUGAGUAGUUCGAGAAGAUACGGAGAGAAGACAGAGCCGGAAAUGGAUUUCCACCUCUGCAAAGGAGGGAGGGGAAGAAGACGCAACGACGGCGAGAUGGCGGAAGAAAAUUGGAGGAGAGGAAGAUCUGGUGGAGAUGACAACAGCGAGCACGUCCGAGAUGAGGAAGAAGACGCGACGGCGGCUGAGGAAGAAGACGCGGCGGAGCAGCGGCAGUGACAAGGCGGAAGACAGAUGAGCUAUGAGUUUUUGUGUUAAACGGUGAAAAUGGUUAAGAAGACAAAAGGAAAGUUGGAAGCUAAGAGGCAAGAAGCUGAAAGACAAGAGUUUGCACUAAGAGGAAAAGCUUUGCCUUGCGAGCCAACUGGCUCAGGGGCGCAGAAGACUGUUCGACAGCAGACUUUGGCUGCAAGGAAAUCGAAAGAACAGGAGAAGAGAGCAGGGAAAAGUGUAGCAGUUCCCAUCCAUGAGGAAAGUGAAACUGAGAGUGCUAAUGAGCAGGCACCUACGAAGAAAGCCAAGAUGUCCAAAGGCAAAGGGGUUGCGGUUGAUCGAGAUAGGGCGAAAACUCCAUCUGUGGAGGAGCUGUAUGAUCACUUGAAGAAUGAGGUCACUUGGAUUCCAACCAGGUUCGCCGACCUUGAUCUGCUGAAGGAGUUGGGUCUUGAAUCUGACAUUGAAGAGAUGCUAGGAUAUUUGAAGAUGCCAAAACUCCUCACCAUGGCAUAUCCUUUCUACAAGGAUGUCACUUCUCAGUUCUUAUCUUCUCUUGCGGUCACUUACCACGACACCGCGCAUGUGAGGCAAGGAUGGAGCAAAAUCAGUUUCAAGGUCAAUGGACGAGAAUACAACAUGAACUUCAAGGACAUUGGGAGAGUCAUGGGGUUCCAAGACCUAGAAGACCACUCCCUACCCAAGUGUGAGAACCUUCCCACGGAGCUUUGGAAGUUGAUCACUGGAAACAAACACACUACCGGGCUGACAAGAAUUCACACAUCCGACACCCGUCCGUACGUUACCUCCACAGGAUGCUAGUCCAUGCAUUCUACCCACGGAAGCAAGCUGGUACGGUUACUGAGGAAGACAUGCGACUGCUCUGUCUGGCUAUCCGUCCCUACGCCCAACCUGGAGUUUUACCCCUUCCCAGCACCGACAUCUAUACUACCUUCGGGAUGGUCAGUUUCUUUGUGGGUCGUCUCCAGCACUACAGAGACUGGGCGUGGUACACCACUGAUUCGCGCCCAAAGAUGGGGAUAGGUGGAAUGAUCACACCACUGCUCCAAUUUCUCAAUGUUCCCUUGGGAAAGGACGCAGUGGGACCGAAGUUCAUUGAUGGCACCUACUUGAGGAUUGCUACCUAUUUUAGUGGGAUGUAUGGGAAGGACUACGUCUACCACUACUAUUUGCAGGGCAAGCCAGUCGAAGUGGUUCUUCCAAACCGGAACCUGACGAGUUUAGAGAUACCUGGAGCUAUUAGCUUCAACAUACCCCAGGAGUACUUUCUUGGAGAACACGGGCCUCUCGAUCCAGUUAAUGCUGCUCCAUCAAGGAGAAGAAGUGUUCCCACGCGACAUGACUCGCCUGUUGCAGACCCUUCUGAGCAUAUCUACGGACCUCCGCGCUACUACUUCAAGCCACAUGACGGAGUUCUUCCCCCUGGAGCUCUUCGUGAUGCUCAUGACCACAUUAGUCGCCUUCAGAGGUGGAACAAGGCUCAGGACAGAACGAUAGAAAAGCUGAAGGAUAAGUGCAAGGCGCUAAGUAAGACAGUAAAGAAGCAGGCAAAGACCUCAGCCAAAUUCAUGAAGAAAGUAGCUGAUGUCUUAACCAGGGGAGGAAUUGCGGGAUGUAGCUCAGCAGACUUCGCUUUCGCGAACACCUCAAACCCCCAGCCUCCACCUCCGCCUUAUGCUCUUGGCUUCCCCCUCACUGCUGCGCAGCUUCAGCGUAAGAGGAGGAACCCACCCACUCAACCUUCCACUUCCGGUAACAAGUCCCCCUCCCUCGCUUCUUCUGAUAGUGAGGUCGAGAUUGACGAGGUUGAGAGCCAACCAUGGUAUGGAGGCUCCGGUUCAGCAUCCGGUGGUUACUACACCUCCUUCCCACCUGACGACGACGAUGCUGGGGCAUCAGCCCCCACCUACUAUCCAUAGGAGGUACUUCUUUCUCUCCCUUGUAUAUACCAUUCCCUUUUUGCAUAUUAGUUUUCAUUUCGGUAUCUCUCUCUUUACUUGACAACACAGAGACUGUGUAACUCAAGUUUGGGGGAGGUACCAAGCAUUUGAUCAUGUUUGCUUUGAUGUUGUUUCAUGAGUCAUGCAUUGCAUACCUAUUUGCAUAUAAAAAAAAAAAAAACAAAUUCAUUUAGUUUGCAUCAUUUUGCAUUUCUAGGAGAGUCUAGGGCAUAUAGGUUGCAUUCACUUGCACUGGGAGCAAUGAUUUUAAAUGCCUUAUAAAGAACACUACGUUUCACCUGAAAAGCUAUGCACCUCUCGAAAAGACUUGUAUGUUUCGUGCCUUGAAAACUCUUCUUGAAACUUGUUGAUUGCUGAAACCUACUCUUUGAAGCCAACUACAACCCUAUUUGAACUAAACGAACUUAAUGCUUCUUGCUUAGGGUCCCUUGUGUACUGAGUCAUGGCUAUACACACUUGAGUUGUCACAUCUUUUAUGCCAAUCUUUUUUGACAAACUCUAGUGGUAGACCACUCCCAAAAACCUUUCCCUCCUUUUAAGCUUUCAUUGUUUGAUGAGUGAGGCCUUCUUAGGAAAGUCUUAACAUGUGCAUAAUGUUGAGAGUAUCGGGAACGACAAUGCUUGAUCUUCAUUCUUGCUAGAUUAGGCACAUCAUUGUCUAGCCAUAGAUGGGGGUGAGUGUUGUAAAGUUUGAUUUGGGAGUUUGAGAAAAUGGAAGGAAAAGAGUGAACUCUUGUGCUUAAUUGGCUAGUCUUUAUGAGAUAAGUAGAGAAACUUCUAGCUCAGUUUAUGAAAAGUCUUGGCCCCCGAAAAAAAAAAAAAAAAAAAAAAAAAAAAGGGGGCUAGCAAAACUGUUUAGAGCUAAGUUUUGUUUUGAAGUUGAGAAAAAUCCUUAUGAGAUUUCAAAGAAAAGAGUUUUGUCGUGCAAGGUGUUCUUGAGAUCUUUUGGUGAGAGAUGUGAGUUGGGCUUGACAUUUGGGAAAAAUUGUGUAAUUGUAUGUUUGGGAAAAGGGUAUAACAAUGGAGAUUGAGCAUUGUAUGCAUGAGUUGGUCCCUUUCUU